AACACAAUAGAUCACUGCAUAUACCACCACUUUCCCAAUCUCUUUAUGCAGUGAAUCUCCACUUCCUUCGACUUGGGACUAAUAAGGCCGGCGCAUGUCGAUUGAUGCGACCGACAACUGAUGCCGCAACUUUACUCCUCCUCGUCUUCGCAGUAGCGCGAUGAUGUCCUCCACGAACGAGGAGGACCCCUUCCUUGAGGUCCAACAGGACGUCCUAACCCAACUCCAAUCCACCCGCUCCCUCUUCACCUCCUACCUACGCAUCCGCUCCCUCUUCACCUCUUCCUCCUCCUCUUCCACCGACUCCCCUGAGCUGAUCGCGGCCCGCUCCGACCUCGAAUCCGCCCUCUCCUCCCUCGCCGAAGACCUCGCCGACCUCGUCGAGUCCGUCAAGGCCGUCGAGCGCGACCCCACGCAAUAUGGUCUGUCGGCGCACGAAGUCACGCGGCGCAAGCGCCUUGUGCAAGAUGUCGGGUCCGAGGUAGAGAACAUGCGGCAGGAGCUCGCAUCUAAAUCCGCCGUCUCUGGAAAGGGUACCCAACAAAAGGACCAAUUACCAGACCCAUCAUCUUUCGCCAUCCCGGACGGUGAAAACAGUGCCGCUGGCGCCACCGGCGAAGACGACGAUUACGCAGCCGAAUUCGAGCACCAGCAGCAGAUACAGAUGAUGCGCGAGCAGGAUCAGCAUUUGGAUGGGGUAUUCCAGACGGUCGGAGUGCUGAGGCGGCAGGCGGAUGACAUGGGCCGUGAGCUGGAGGAGCAGAGGGAGAUGCUGGAGGUGGCGGACGAUUUGGCGGACCGCGUGGGAGGGAGGUUGCAGACGGGGAUGCAGAAGUUGACAUAUGUGAUGAGGCACAACGAGGACACGCUGAGCAGUUGUUGCAUUGCGGUCUUGAUCUUUGUAUUGAUUUUGUUGUUGGUUUUAUUGCUCAUUCUGUGAGCUGGGAGCUGGGCGGGAGGAUUGGGGUUGUGUCUUGGUUGACAUCACUAGACUAGGCGGGCUGUUUUCUUUUUGGGUCCUGCCGGUUAAGAGGAGUUCUGGAGGGGUGUCUAUGAUGUUGGGCUCUCCUGUUACUUGCUUUGCUUUACCGCCUACAGCAUCAUGAUGGACGGUCAUACGGUAAUAUAAUAAUGACCUACUAGAUCACUGUAACGACGAGUUGUUGCCGC